CAGGCCAACACCAUGGCAUGGUCCGUGGCCUGGGCAGGUCUGAUGGUCCUGCUGGCGAUCCAAUGGGGCUCUGCUGCAAAACUGGUCUGCUACUUCACCAACUGGGCCCAGUACAGACAGGGACCCGCUCGCUUCUUGCCUGAGGAUGUGAGCCCCAGUCUGUGCACCCACCUCAUCUAUGCCUUUGCUGGCAUGAACAAUCACCAGCUCAGCUCCAUCGAGUGGGACGACGACGCACUCUACAAGAAGUUCAAUGGCCUGAAGAAGAUGAAUCCCAAGCUGAAGACACUGCUGGCCGUCGGGGGCUGGAACUUCGGCACUCAGAAGUUCACAGAUAUGGCAGCCACAGCCAACAACCGACAGACCUUUGCCAACUCAGCCAUUGAGUUUCUGCGCAAAUAUGACUUUGACGGCCUUGACCUUGACUGGGAGUACCCGGGAAGCCGGGGGAGCCCUCCUUCGGACAAGCACCGCUUCACAGCCCUGGUGCACGACCUGGCCAGCGCCUUCCAGCAGGAAGCCCAGACCUCAGGGAAGGAACGCCUCCUUCUGAGUGCAGCUGUGCCGUCAGGGCGAAGCUACAUAGACGCUGGAUACGAGGUGGACAAAAUUGCUCAGAAUCUGGAUUUCAUCAGCCUUAUGGCCUACGACUUCCACAGCUCGUGGGAGAGGACCACAGGACAUAAUAGCCCCCUCUACAAGAGGCCAGGAGAGGGUGGGGCAGCGGCUGAACUCAACAUGGACUUUGCCGUGCAGCAGUGGCUGCAGAAGGGGACCCCCACCAACAAACUGAUCCUAGGCAUGCCCACCUACGGACAAUCCUUCACCCUGGCCUCCUCAUCAGACACCAGAGUGGGGGCCCCAGCUAUGGGGCCUGGAACCCCUGGCCCCUUCACCAAGGAGGGAGGGGUGCUGGCUUACUAUGAGGUCUGCUCCUGGAAAGGGGCCUCUGAGCACAGAAUCGAGGACCAGAAGGUGCCCUAUGCCUUCCAGGGUGACCAGUGGGUGGGUUUCGAUGAUGUAGAGAGCUUCAAAACCAAGGUCAGCUAUCUGAAGCAGAAGGAACUGGGUGGGGCCAUGGUCUGGGCACUGGACACAGACGACUUCGCUGGCUCCUUCUGUAACCAGGGCCGAUACCCGCUCAUCAAGACCCUGCAGGUGGAGCUGAGUGAGUAAGGGGCCAGGGACCAGAGGCAGAAUUCGCGGGUAGGAUAUGAACCCCUGUCCCUGAACUGCAGGCCCUGGCUCCUUCUGAGGAAAUGGCUUUGCCCCAAUACUGUGAUUUCCCAAAUUUCAUGCACCCCCAGGAGCUGAGGAAACUGUUGAGCCAAUUCUCUUUUCACACUCUCCUUCCUCUUUCUGGUUGAGGCAAUGCCCGCCCAGGCUGUUGGUAACCAGGGCUUCCCUCCAGGGGCCUGGGAACAGCAGCUUGCUCCUCUCUUCUCAAGGAGAAAGCCUGCGCUCAGCCUGAGGUGUGAGACCCCACUGGCCUCCCCAGCACAUG